AUCGAGUCAAUCAAUCCAAGCUACUUGCUGUUCAAGACAUCGUAGAACAACCAAUAUAUCAAUUCAAUCAUGGAAGACGAAGUACAGUAUCUCGGGAGAAAUGCACCUCCCGCGGAUCCCGUAGUUCCUUCAGCACUGUCGUCUGAUACUCAUCGCCCGGUUUCUGGUCAGUUGUCUCCUGCUGCAGCAGGAGAGACAAUAACCGCUGUGACCGCAGGUAUCUUGUUGCAUAUUCCCAAGACCGCUGAGCAGCCGGGACAGAGCCUGAGGUACUAUAAGAUUCGCACACAAGUCGUAAAUAUCGGUCGAGCAUCGGGCUCGAACGUGGGCAAGGAGAGGCAAUCGAUCGAUACUGCAACCUUUCGCUGCCCGGUCAUCAGCAGGCGGCAUGCUAAGAUACUAUUCUCGGACACUGGACAUGUAUACUUGGUUGAUCUGGAUUCGCACCAUGGAACCCACCUUUUGAAACAAGGCGGUACUGUAUCUCAGAGGCUGAUUCCUGAGGUCCCCGUUCUUUUGGAGGACGGUGAUACUGUCACAUUUGGGAAGAUUGUUGGACGGGAUAGCUAUGUCGUCCGUCCUGUGACAGUCAACAUCAGGCUUCUACAUGGCGUUGCUCCGAAUCUCUCAUCUCCGGCACCGAUUGAAGCCCCCAUCCCCCCCAUCCUCUCUCCAGACUCUCCCGAACGACUCAACUGUACUCCCAAGUCGAGCACUUCUGGCAGAUACGGUGUCUUUGGCUCUUCUCCUUCUUCGUCUUCCGACUCCUCAUCGUCAUCCAGUCAACCUGAUUCGGAUAUUGAGGAGAUCGAGCGUCCAGAGGAGUAUCCUGACGCUCAGCCGGAUUUCUCCGCUAGCCGCUCUUACUUCCCAGACCCUUCGCUGCCAUCCAUUCAUGGUCUAGGCUUGCUCAAGCGCAUGAUCCCACCCAUAUCAUGCCCUCCCUCGCUGCGGCCAUCUUUGAUGUCCUUCCAGAGCUCCAGAUAUCGUUGGUUGGACACUGAACCGUCAGCUUCCGGUCCUGGUCCUUCAGGGGCAAAUCGGCUCCCAAAUGCCUCUGACGGAGAGGCCGUCUUCAAUGAUGCCCAGAAGGGGUUUAGCGAUCUAAUGUUUCUUGACAACGUCCUGCAUCCUUCAGAGCCCCUCGUGAUCGGCGCCUACCCCAACUCAAGAGCCGUCUCUCCAUCUCACUCAUCAUUGGUUGCCAUCCGUGCAAUCUCAAUGUCCCCGGAGAUGGAGGAAGGCAGAUUUGAAGGCAUAGUGCCAGAGGCGCCACCUCUUCACACUGUCUCUGUCGCAGAAUGUAUGCCUGUUGACGUUGCGGAAGAAUCGCAUCCUGACGAGGAGAAUGACGUGGCGGGCGGACAACCUGAUGUAGUUUCCCAAGCUAACUUGGAAGAAGAUGUAGACGCUGGUGAACAGGACAUGAUCGUCGACUCGGAUGACGAUGAACACGAGCCCGGCGUGAUCUUUAAUAACGUUUUUCAAGAGAAGCCCGAAAGCGAAAGUGAGAUCCUGUCACGAUUUUCAAGAUUGGAAGGCUCGCUUGUUGACCUUCGAUCCAAUGUGCUGAGACUGCGCAUCGCACAUCGCAAGACUCAGGCAGAUCUGAAGUCACAGGCAGAUCGAGCUUUCGGGUUCGACAAACGAAUCGACGAGACAAACGAUCUUUUCCAAUCACUCUGGAACCGCAUCGAGGGCGCAUAUGACAACUACUUUGAACUGAGCCAAGAGUUGGCGGCGUUCCGGGAGCGUCUUGACUCCCAUCAAGGUGAUGUGGAUAAGGUGAGGCAGUAUCAAGAGCAGCUCCGGAUUCAACAGCAGCCGCCGGCACCAUCUUCCGAAGUCCUGCAAAGAGCACUCGUUGAGAGGGAGGAUGUUAAGACGAGCGUGGAAGCGUUGCACGCUUUGGUAGCAAGUCUCAAGAAUUUGAGAGAUUCCACCACCGCAGAAGUGGAGCAUGAUCUUCAGGCUCUCAAAGCUGCGCGCACCCUUGUCAUCGACAAGACGGUUGAUCACGUAGGCCUAGUCCAGAACGACGCCGCGCCCUCUCCAUCACUCAAGAGGAAACGUUCUGUGUCUGAGGAUGAGGCCUGUGCUAUGAGUGAAGUUGCAGACAGACCUCGCCCGCUGAAACGUGGCAAGAUCGCGGCUGCUACGCAGACUGCGGCUCUGGUAAUGGUCGGCGCUGUUGCUGCAUGGUCUGCGUUGGCAUUUGCUUGAUUCAUUGUGUGAAAGCAUCUUGGGACUAGGCUCGCCACCUUUUGUAUAAACGAAUCAAGCCCUCAGGGUAGUUGUGACAAUCCUGUACCAUCCAAUGUUGUGUUUGUGUUGUGUUGUAUGUACUAUAUGGUCAAUUUGAAUGUACGUUCUGUUCGAAAACUUAGUUUGCUUGGUCCUGG